AUGUCUGAUGUAGAGGACGACGGACACUUCGACAAUUUGUUACGAGAGCAACGAUUGCAAUUUGCGGCUAUCAAGCGAGCCGCCGACAUGGUUGCAGGCGAUUUAAGUCAAUUAAAUCCCGCAAAAGCCGGAGCCAGGCUUGAGCAUGUGCAGUUAAUUUGGCCAAAAUGCGCCUCAGUCGACGUGGAUUUGUCUGCCUACAAUAAAGCUGACAAGCAGGCAGCGGAUAACUACUUCACAGAUCAAGAAUUUGCCACUUAUGAAGAAAUUUACCUCGAGACUGUCGGUGCCCUCAAGCAGUUCCUGUACGGACCCCCUACAUCGACGCAAACUCCAGCUUCAGCAUUUCCGCCUGCAGAGAUGAUAUCCAUAUCUGCACCAGUUCGUCGUAUUGCGCAAGUGCCACGCAUGACUUUACCGCGAUUUUCCGGUGAUUAUAAAAAUUGGGAAGAAUUUCGCGACUAUUACAAAUCAAUGUUUAUUGACGAUCCGUCAUUCGAUAAUUUACAACGUCUGCAUUACCUAAAAUCGUGUCUCGACGGCGAGGCUGCACAAUUAUUAAAAAACGUACAAACCACCGCGGCGAAUUUCCCCAUCGCGUGGAAAUUGUUAACCGAACGCUACGCGAAUGAACGCCGAUUACUUAACCUACAUUUAGCAGAUUUAUUUGCAUUGAAGUCGGUCACACGCGAAAAUUCUCCCUCUGAGCUACGCAAGCUUCUCGAUGCUGCCAAAGAGAGUAUUGAGGCUCUAAAAUCGAUGAAUCAUCCUGUGCACGAUGACAUUCUCGUGUUUAUUCUUACACAACGCGUCGAUCGAGAAACACGCGAAGCUUGGGAACUAACGUUUAACGAAGAUUCCGAUUUUCCAACAUUUGCUAAUUUCGAAAGUUUUUGUAAUUCGCGCAUUCGAGCCUUAGAAGCGGCUGGUGUAUUGCUAAGCAAGUCAAAGUCAUCGGCGUCGGCGUCGCACAAAUCAGGCGCAUCGAAAGUGCAAUCGCAUCUCUCCGAUGCAACAGCCGUUAAGUGCCCUCUUUGUGAGGACUCACAUGCCCUUUAUCGGUGUAAGAAUUUUACAGCUAAGUCAGUCGCCAAUCGUUGGGAGACUGCAAGACAAAUGCGCGUAUGUCUCAAUUGUCUCGGUUCCGGGCAUCAAGAAAAGGCGUGUCCGAGUAAGCGGUCGUGUUUUCAAUGCAAGUCUCGACAUCAUACGCUGUUGCAUCGCGGAACGAACGCGAAUAAAGCGCGCACGGAUACGCGUACAGUGCCUGAUGCCGUUGCCAGUAUUUCGAGUGCAUCUGAACCCCGCGUGGAUACCAAUCUCGUACAAUCACACCUUGUGGCCACUCCACAAUCGGCGCACGUUGUACUCGCAACGGCAUGGAUUUUGAUAACGGCGCCAUCGCAAAGAACGGUGAAGCUCCGGGCACUGCUCGACCAAGGCUCCACGCAUUCAUUCAUUACACGCGACGUCGUGAAUGCACUACAAACGCGAUCAUAUCCGGUAAAUACAGCGGUGAGCGGAACCGGCGGCGGUAUUACAAGCACGGUCAAAGGAAUCGUGCCCAUCACGAUUACCCCGACUCAGGCGACCGUUCCAGUAUUCUCGACGGACGCCUUAGUUUUAGACACGAUUACUACCUACCUCCCACGGUUCCGUCAUCCGCUGUCAACCUGGCCACAUCUCGAAGGUCUUGUAAUGGCGGAUGAAUGUCCAACGAGCGACAUUCCGAUCCACGCAAUAAUCGGAGCCGACUUAUAUCCGUAUAUGCUUCGCGACGGUAUCAAACGUGGGCGUAUGGGCGAACCGGUGGCACAGAACACGGUAUUCGGUUGGGUUCUGUCAGGGUGCACUCAUUCACCGACAAUAAAGGCCAGCACAUUCCCGGUACAUGUGCAUCACACGCAAGUAUCGGAAGACCUGAGCGAUCUGAUGUCUCGAUUUUGGGAGAUUGAGGAAAUUCCAAAGGUGUAUCCCGCGUCUGAGGAAGACGUCCGCUGUGAGGAACAUUUCCGACAAACUCACAGUCGUACUUCGAAUGGCCAAUACGUCGUUCGGUUGCCGUUAAAGUCUCCGUCACCUAUCGACCUAGGCGACACACGGUCGCGGGCACAACGGUGCUUAUUAUCACUAGAAAAGCGACUUUCUUCUCGUCCCAGCGAACGCGAAUCAUAUAUGCAAUUCCUCACGGAAUAUGAGGCGCUCGGUCAUAUGUAA